CGCCAUCAAGGUCAAUCGCCGAAACCUGGUCAGCGUUGCCAUGCCAGGUCCGCAUCCGCCACCGAGUCGCUCUCCAACAUGUGCUGUCAAUACUCUCUGCAGUCUUGCCAUUCCAGAACCGUCCUUCAUCCUCGGCCGCCAUGACAAUACACAGGCUACUAGCCCGAGCAUGCGCCCGUUCUUCAUCUGUAACUCCGCGGAUCAGGAGGGCUCUCGCAACCAACACGACCCCGCGACCCUCCUUCCCGACGACACCCACCUGCCCGGCACCGACAUGCACAUGCGCACCGACGCCUGAGCUUCCACAGGGCUUCGAAAUCGAUCACGAGGCACCCCUCAGCGGCGCUAUCUCAAACUAUGCGGAGCAUGUUCUGGUGUGCACCGGCAAGGACGACUGGCCGUCGCGCAUCGAGGAAGACAACGGGGGCGACAACCUCGCGGCAGACCUUCGCGAGCUGGUCGGGCCCCGGGGAAAGUUCAACGAUCCCUUCCACAACAUCUCCGUCCUCAACUCGUCCUUCCCGUCGUCCCCACCACCAAAACAGCGGCCCGAACUGCAGACCAGCUCGGUCUACAUCCUGCCGCAGUUCAAAUACGUCCCCUACCUCCCGCGCGUGUCGUUCGACCAUGCCGAGGCGCUGGUCCGGGGCUACCUGCAGCCCGAGAAGCUGCAUGCGAUGCACGACGGCCUGUCGCCCAUCCACCGGGACAGGCUGCUGCGCAAGCCGGCGUACCAGAACUACCUGUGGGGCGUGCGCGACGUGCGCGAGGUGGUGGUGCUGAUCUGCGGGCACGGCGGGCGGGAUCGGAGAUGUGGCAUUUUCGGGCCGCUGUUGCGCGACGAGUUUGAGAAGACGCUCCCUAGGCGGGGUGUUAAUGUUUUGAAGGGGCCGGUCGAGGCUGAAAAUGAAGAGGGGUUUGCUGUCCCGGGGAGCGUGGAGGCAAGCCGGGGAGAAGAGUACGCUGCGCGCGUUGGCUUGAUUAGCCAUAUUGGCGGACACAAGUUUGCGGGGAACGUGAUUGUGUAUCUGCCGCCCGGCUUGAGGACCCAGGAUGGACAGGCACACCCUCUGGCUGGACAUGGUAUCUGGUAUGGCAGGGUCGAGCCCCGGCACGUGGAAGGUGUUGUGGGCGAGACCAUCUUGCGGGGGAAAGUCAUUGAGGAGUUGUUCAGGGGAGGAAUCAAGCAGAACGGGGAGAUAUUGAGGUUAUAGACUAGAGGGAUGCUAUCCCACGUUGUAUAGACUUGCAGGAGUAUUUCCAUGUGCAGAGUGUGAGAUAUCGCUUAAAACGGUGUUUCUGGGGUACAUAGCGACUUGCCAUUGGAGGGGCAGACAAAAUCGAGCUAACUAGCUAGUGCUUACCUGCAUAUCUUGCCUAUAGCGAUCGUUCUAUUUUAUACAAGUACUCACUUAAGCC